AGCGGCGGCGGCGGCGGCGGAAGGGACUCGACGCCUUCGAGGGUGUUUGGUGAACCGAGUCCGGUCGGCCCGGAGGCUCGAGAAGAGAGACGGAGAGAAAGGAGCAACACUUGGCCGGAAGCCGAUGACGACGGCGCAGAGUCCCGAGAUGGCGACGUCAGCGUCGAUGGCGACAGCGACGGCGACGGCGAAGACGAUAGUGACGGUGGCCGAGUAAAGAAGAGGCAGGCCGCGGGGGUCGAGGGCGAAGUGGAGGCGGAGAUUGGGAAGAAGAGUCCGGACCGAGAGGACAAACGACCACGGGGGCAGACCGAGUCUGAGCCCGAGGGCUCGAGAGCCCGCAGUGACGCAAGACGAGUCGGCUCGCGACUCGACCGACUCGCCGUUGUCCCGAUCGGGCCGCAGGUGGCAAGUUGUCGCGAGCUGCUGCGAUUUCUGCCACCAGCCGAGCCGUCGUGCCUGACGACCGUCGAUGCCGGCCAAGCGGGACUCGGACUCGCGGCCUCAUCUGCGCCCGUCUGCCCGACCGUCUCAUCGCCGGCCGUGGCCGCCAGCGAACUGGCCCCGUCGGCCUGUCUGGCGGCGUUGGCCAUGCACUCCGCGAGUGAAGCGGUAUCCACGCGACUACAACCUUCCGAGCACUGUUUGAUCCGAUGCAAAGACCCAGUUCUAUCAGUCGACCCUACGCAAACCUCAUGUGAUAUACUUGCCAAUGCGAUGGCCAAUGAGAAGGCAAAACAGAACAGACGGACGUCGUCCUAA